CCCAUUCCAGGGAUCCGAUCCGGAGAUCCAGACCAGGUUUCUGCUUCGAUCUGGCCGAUGCAGCUCUGAAGCUUCAGAGCCGCCUUGGAGAUCCGGCCAUAGGCACUAGGUUGUAAAGAAAUGGAAGUGGCUGUGGUUACAGAGGAAAGCGUGUGGUUAGUGCCAGAAAAUCAACCGUCAGUUUGGGACGAAAUCACCUGGAGAAUGAGACUCAGCUCUGGAGUGCAGUAUUGGAUUGUGGAACUUGCUAAUAGGGACAGUCGUGUGGAGCUCAACACAGCCUCCCCGCUAGGUAGGAGAGUCACCUUCCACCCCAAGAAUUUCUCACUGCAGAUUGAGCUGGUUAACAAGUCGGACAGUGGUAACUAUUUCAUGGAUAUGACAUCUCCAUUCGGCACUACCCAUACCACCUGCUUCCGUGUGUCUGUGUUUGACCGAGUCCGGCAGCCCAAACUCACAGCGCUCUCUGCUCACGCAGAGCUCAGACGGUGCAACGUGACCCUGUCCUGCCAGGUGCAGGAUACUGACAGAGUCGCUUACAGUUGGUCACGAGGUGCAUCCUGGAGCCCAGCCACAGGGGACCAGCAGCUCCCCGGGCAUCAAUCCCAGCUGCAGCUGGAGAUCACUGAGGGCAGCAAAGACACCUUCUAUCACUGCAACGCCAGCAAUGCAGCCAGCUGGGGCAUGGCCACCAUCCAUGUCAAAACAGUGUGCCGCUUCCCAGCCACAGCCUCGUCGCUGUCCUACUGCCAGACCAAGGGGCUCAUCCUGCUGCUGGUGCUGGGGCUGCUGAUCACUGGGACUGUGGCGGUGCAUGUUGUGGCUGGCAAGCAGCCAAAAAGGGACUGAACGGGGCCCAGCAAACUGCCCCUGCACCCACUGGGAGGGAGGGAUUGAGGGAGGCAUUUGCCUGCAGCUUCCAAGGGGUUCCUGUCCCAUCUGCAUCCCAGAGAAGCAGCCGAUGGGUCUGUAGGGGGCAAGUCCCAGUGCCUGAGCCCGGUCCCUGAUGCAGUGCAUGAGCAAUACAGCCCAUGGAGAAAGCUUUGCAGGCCAGGUCCCUCAAGGUUGCUCUCAUGCCAUGGGUGCUGGCUGUAAAUGUUUGGACAGUGUCUCUUGCAGAAAAAUGCAAGACAGUGGCUGGGGCAAGACGGUUGUAGUGACAAGACUGCCACAAGAAAAAAAAAGUCUCCACCAUGGCCACGACCCAUUAAGGCCUACAGACAGUGGAGCUUCAGGCAUUCAGUGCCAGACCCCAGCCAUAAAAUAAUAAGACUGAUGCUUCCUUUAAAAGGAACAUUGUUGGCAGAGACCUGACACACUCAUCACAUGUCUAUAUCCAAGAUAAAAGAGUAGGUAAAAAUCUCUUGCAGCUAAGAUAACACAAGGACUAAUAGCUCAUUUCAUAGAGGGAAAGAAUCUUUUUCUAUCAUUAAAUUUAUAGCUUGUUGGUAUUUGUUAUAGCUUUAUAAGUGCAACAAGGAGCUGAGGGUGCUGGGUCUCUUAAAACUUUCUUGGCAAGAAAGUGGAGUAGACUUUGCCAGGCAAGUCUGUCAGGGUUGGUAUCAUGUCACGGGUGCAAGGGAAAUGUUCACCUUCACGUCACGAUGUAGCUGCAGGCGCUGAGCAUCUACGUCCAUCCUGCAGCUCCCCACACCUCCACCCAUGUUUCCGAGCCAUUAUUUUCUGAUAAAGGGAUGACCGAGCCAGCAUGAGACAGGGGAGAGAUUAAAGAGUGUUGGCUGGACUGCUGGCACAGGCAGGGUAGCAACGGUGGUACCAGGAGACCCCCUGAGUGUCAUUGUGACAAACAGUCGGUAUGAAGGCCUCCCGCAGCUCCCCGAUGGCCUCCCACUGCAAAUCACUGACCUGAGGCUGGAGGACGCAAGGUCCUCCAUAGCUCAAAUCAAUAUGGAUAGAAGCCAGUUCACCAGGCUCUUCACACUGCACAUCUAUGGUGAGUGCUAUUUUUUUAACUGUCUCAAAGUUAACUCAUUAAUGUAGGAGUUAAACAGUCUCUGCCCACCAAGCCACCAUGGCAGUCUCUCCCCUACGGUUGAAAUGCAACCGGCUAAUUAAUCAAAAGGUCUGGAAGGGCACAGGAAUGGGGUUGGAUACCCUGGUAGGGAUGUGCGCUACACGUGACCUGGGAGGGAGGGCCUGCGGGAGAUGUUUGCCUGCAGUUUCCAAGGGGUUCAUGUCCCAGCUGCAGCACGGAGAAGAAGCAGCCGGUGUGUCUGCAGGGGUCACAGCCCAUCUUCCUGGCCCCGUAUCAGCACAGAGGCUUCAAAGGCUGGAGCAGGAGGUGGCGCAGGGAGCUGGGCUCCUCUUUGCACCACCUUGGGCAGGUGCCUGAUGCAAGGAGCUUGUGUCCUUCCCACUGCUGGGGUUCCCCCUGCAGAGCUUGUGGCAUUGCUCCUCUCCCACGCAAGGAGCCCUGCGGGGCAGCUGUGGCCUAUGAAUAAACCAUCUCACUCUGCACGUCUGUGUCUCUGAACCCUGCCAUGGUCAACCCUCCUUCCAGCCCCAGGGCCCCAUCUGGCUGUACCCUGGCCCUCAGUGUCCGCUUAGCCAUCCACACUGCCCAUGUCAAACUCCCUUCGUGCCAGGCUUUCCGAUGCCAGAUGACCCCCCAGUUCCCUUUUCAAGCAGCCUCAGUGGUGGCAUUGGGGGCUGGGGUGCAUGUUAUCUGCUGUUUCAGUGACUGGUGCUGUGUGCCCAGCAGAUCUGAGUGGGGAUACCAAAUCCUGCAUCCUGAGAGCUGCCACCCCUUGCUUCCCUUCCUAGGUCUGUGCAGAAGGUCCUGCCCCAAGGGGACCUGUCCAGAAAUGGUCCAGGCCAGGGAGGAAACAGCAGCCUUGGAGGGCUGGGGCUGGGGGGGAGCUGCGGGCUGCAGUGGAGAGGCACCUGCAGAGCUGGCGACCAGGCCAGGCUCUUGGAGCUGAGAGAAGUCCCGGUGCUUGGUGCUAGACAUGGCCCAUUUGGCUCCAGAGUGAUCCCUGGCACAGGGAAGGUGCAGGGUGGCUGCUGGGAGGUCCUGCCCCUGGUGCUGCUGCCUUCAGCCUGGGCUCAGGGUGGGCCUUUGGCUGGGAUGCUCCCUGCACCUGGGCUGGACAAAGGUGAAGGAAGGUGAGGAGGAGCCUGGUGCUGCCUGGGCAAGGGUAGGGCCUGCAGGAAGGGUGCGAGCAGCCCCGAGCUCUUGGGCAGUGCAAGCCCUGCAGCAGGGGUAGGGAGAGGAAGAAACUGGGGGAAACAGAGGUAAGAGUUCAGUGGGGCAAGGCGAGGCUGGCAGCUUGGGGGAGCCAGGUGGGGAGUAAAGGCCAGGACAGGAGGCACAAGAGCCCCAGAGCUGCUCCUCCCUGGCUGCGAGAUAGGGGCCUUGGACCCUUUGGUCCUGGCACCAUGCUAGAAGCAGGCAUGAGUGCCCAGAGUUGGGGGUGCUGUGCCACGCCCCCAUAGACAAGGCAGGGGCAGGGCCCUCUCAGCAGCCAGUGUCUGGGGCUCUGUGGGCAAAGGGGCCAGGGGCUGGGCAGGACAAUGCCCGUGUAUGUGGUAGGGUCCAGCUCCAUCACCCUGAAUCUGUGUUGUUCCCUUUCAAGGUGCAGGACUGCCUGGAGCAGGUGCAGAUGCAGCCUCCAUGGAGCUGGUCGGGACCCUGGGGGAGACGGUCACCUUUGUCUUUGUGAUCCCAGCAGGGGAGAGAUUAGACAUUGCUGGCUGGACUGUUGGCACAGGCAGUCUAACAAGCAUGGCACCAGGAGACACCCCCCCCCCCCCCCGAGUGUCCUUGUGUCAGAGAAUUGCUAUAGGGGCCGCCUGCGUGUCCCCAGCGACGGCCUCUCACUGCAAAUCACCGACCUGAGGCUGGAGGACGCGGGGUCCUACACAGCUCAAGUCAUCACAGACAAGAGGGAAUUCACCAGGUUUUUCACACUGCGCCUCUAUGUUGAAUGCAGGUUGUUUUUAACUCUGCAGCAAAAAUAACUUGACAAUUAGGUUAACUUAACAGGAGUUAAACAGUCUCUGCCCAUUGAGCCUCCAAGACAAUCUCUCCCCUCACAUUGCAACAGCCUAAUUAGAAAAAAUUUCCUGGAAGCUCACAGCAACAAUGAUGGAUACACUGGUAGGGAUGUGCAUCCCACUGUGUGGAAGAGGCAGGAUUAGCACUGCUGUUUCUGUGCCCCGGUCCAGGGGAGCAGUCUCUGCUUUCACCACACAGCCGGAGUGAAGACGUGUUGAGCAGCGCCCUUGUCACUCUGCUGUUAGAGCUCAUGAGUGUGGAUAUUUGUGAGCAAGGAGCCUGCAUAGAAAUAUCAGACUUUUAGGUACACUUGACAGGAGUUAAACAGUCUCUGCCCACCGAGCCUCAAAGACAAUCUCUCCCCUCCCACUGAAAUGCAACAGCCUAAUCAGUAAAUGUCCUGGAAGCGCACAGGAACGGUGAUGGAUACACUGGCAGGGAUGUGAAUCCCACUCUGUGGAUCAGGCAGGAUUAGCACAGCUGUUUCUGUGCCCGGUCCAGGGGAGCAGUCUCUGCUUUCACCACACACCAGCAAACUUGGGGGCACUUUGCAGAUCCAGGAUCUGAGUGUUGCAGCUGCAGCCGGAGUGAAGACAUGUUUUGUGCAGUGCCCUUGUCACCUCUGCUCUAAGAGCUCAAGUGUGUCUAUAUUUGUGAGCAAGGAGCCUGCAUAGAAAUAUCAGUCAGCAGGCACAUCUCACAUGGACACAUCCCUGCGGGGGUCUUCCACCCCCAGGAGCCUCCUGCAUGGACCCAGCAUCGCCCAAGAGUGUCUGCCCCAGCCCAUGAUUGACUGCGAUGCCCAGAGCUGUGUCAAUGGGCUCUGUAACACCACCCUGAGCUGCACCAUCCCCAACAGAGGCAGCAAUGUGACCUACAACUGGAGUGCCGCAGACCCCCAGGCCCCCAGUACGACCACUCAAGGAUCCAGCGUGAUCAUCUCUCACCCAGAUCUUCCAGUAAACGUCAAGUGCACCGUGCACAACCCCAUCAGCAGCAGCUCCACGAUGACUGCCUGUGUCAGUGCCUUCUGCACAGGUAACAUGUCUUAUGGGGAAGCUCUGCGCAGCCUUCACCUGGGGAGAACAAGCAUCAGACCUGCAUGUUUGCUGCUAGGAAGCAUCUGACUCUAAAUGCUGCCCCUUCCCCACCCCAAAUCUCUGCCCUACAAAUCUCCCCUGACCCUGCUACAGAGGGAGUCACACACACCAUCUCUGUGCAGGGACGGCCCAGCCCUGACCUCCUGGUGGGGCUCUUCCUCCCCCUGGAAGCACCCCAAGGGCUGUCUCCAACCCCACUGCUCUGCAGGGCAAACACCAUGGGGCAGCACCAGCCACUUCCCCCAGCUCUGAGCCGCUGCCUUGCUCUAGUUCCAGCACAACCACCCUCCCACUCCUCAUCGCUGUCCUGCUGCCAGGCCAAGGGGCUCGUCCUGCUGCUGGUGCUGGAGGCGCUGAUCAUUGGGACCAUUGUGGCUGAUAAGCAGCCAAAACAGGACUGGACAAGGCACAGGGUCUCCACUGGCAGGUCUGGUGCCCAAGGUCUCCCCACACUAUUUCCCCUUUCCUGUGAGCCCAGCCCAGUCCAGCCCAGCCCAGCCCAGCCCAACCCCAGCAGAGGGGAGCUCCUGGCCAGCCUUGCCACCUGCCCCUGCACUUCUGUCCCUCCUCGAACAACUGCCCUGCGGAUGUGCCCGCCCAGGUGCCCAGCCUGGCCCCUGCUUCUGCUCUUCCAUUCAGGCAGGCAGUGCUCUACUGCUGGGCCAAGAGACUCAUCCUGCUGCUACCAGCCCUGGCGCCCAGGGGGAGGCUUUACACAGGCUCGGACCCAGGAGCAGAGACCCUGCAGGGUGCUGUGUUCGGACCCAGAGGCCUUCAGGGCUGGUUUGACUUUUGUGCUUAGCUCAACUUGCAUGCUAAGCUUGAAUUGUGGUCAAGACAAGCAUCUGGCGAAAGGAGCAAAUGGAAAAAUACUGUCCUUGCCUUCAAACUUAACAGGAAGUUGGCUGACUAUAUUGAAUAAAUAUAGCCUGAGCAAAAGAGGAACAGUGAGAGCAAACAUACCCCCACCUAAGAAGGAAAAGAUGAGCAAGGAAGAGAGACUCCCAGUUAAAGUUAACCACAUUUGACAAACAGAAGCCGUUGCUAUCAAGAGCAGUGCCUCACGGAUCAGUCCCGGGCUGGUUUUGUUGAGUGUCUUCAUCAUCGACCUGGAGGAUGGGAUGCAGUGCACCCUCAGCAAGUUCGCAGAUGACAUCAAGCUGCAGGGAGUAGCAGCUACCCUGGAGGGUAGGGCUAGGAUUCAGAGUGACCUAGACAAAUUGGAGGACUGGGCCAAAAGGAGUCCCAUGAGGUUCAACAAGGACAAGUGCAAAGUCCUGCACUUAGGACGGAGCAAUCCCAUGUGGCGGUACAGACCAGGGCCGACUGGCUGGGCAGCAGCUCCAGAGAAAAGGACCUGGGGAAAAGGAGAUGAAUAUGAUCCAGCAGUGUGCUGUUGGUGCCAAAAAGGCUAAUGCCGUACUGGGCUGCAUUGGUAGGAGCAUUGCCAGCAGAUAGAAGAAAGUGAUUCUUCCCCUUUAUUCAGCACUGGGGAGCCCACAUCGGGAGUCCUGUGUCCAGUUUUGGCCCUCACUACAGAAAGGAGGUGGACACAUUCGAGAAAGUCCAGUGGAGGGCAAUGAAAACGGUUCAUAGGCGGGGGCACAUGGCUUGUGUGGAGAAGCUGAGCGCACUGGGCUUACUUAGUCUGCAGAGGAGAAGACUGAGGGGGGAUUUAAUAGCAGCCUGUAACUCCUUGCAGGGUGGUUGCAAAGAGGAUGGACCUGCACUGAUCUCAGUGGUGGCAGAUGACAGAACAAGGAGCAAUGGGCUCCAGUUGCAGCAACACAGGUUGAGGUUAAAUAUUAGGAAAAGCUUUCUCACCAGGAGGGUGGUGAAGCACUGGGAUAGUUUUCCCAGACAGGCUGUGAAAUCUCCAUCCUUGGAGGUGUUUAAGACCCAGCUAGACAAAGCCUUGGAUGGGAUGAUGCAGCUGGGGCUGAUCUUGCUUUGAGCAGGGGGUGGGACUAGAUGUGACGUUCUGAGGUCAUGUGAACGUCGAGUGGGUAAGGUAACUAGUAGGGUGAAAGUGCUAGACUUUAGGAAAGCUGAUCUCAAUGAACUCAGGCGAUUAGUCAAGGACGCACUGCAGAGUAAGAGUUUUGAAGUGAUGGGAGCCCAAGAAGGGUGGCUGUGCCUUAAGGAAACGAUCCUUCGGGCACAAAGCGAGACGAUCCCCAUGCGAGGCAAAAGAGGGAAAGGAGCCAGGAGGCUUCCCUGGCUGACCAGAGAAAUCCAGGGCAGCCUAAGGGCCAAAAGGGGAGCACAAAAAAAGUGGAAACAGGGAGAGAUCACCAAAGACGAAUAUACCUCCUCUGCUCGUGCUUGUCGGGAGGCAGUUAGACAGGCAAAAGCUACCAUGGAGCUGAGGAUGGCAUCCCAAGUAAAAGACAACAAGAAAUUGUUUUUUAGAUAUAUUGGGAGUAAAAGGAAGGCCCAGGGAGGAAUAGGACCCCUGCUAAAUGGGCAGAAGCAAUUGGUGACGGAGAGGGGGGACAAGGCCAAACUCCUCAACGAAUUCUUUGCCUCAGUGUUCCUAAGCGAGGGGCACGACGAGUCUCUCACUGGGGGUGUAGAGAGGCAGCAGCAAGGCGCCAGACUGCCAUGCGUAGACCCUGAGAUGGUGCAGAGUCACUUGGAAGAACUGAAUGCCUUUAAGUCGGCAGGCCCGGAUAAGCUCCAUCCGAGGGUGCUGAAGGCACUGACCGACAUCAUUGCAGAGCCACUGGCGGGAAAAUUUGAACGCUCGUGGCGCACGGGCCAAGUCCCGGAGGACUGGAAAAGGGCCAACGUGGUCCCCAUUUUCAAAAAGGUGAGGAAGGAGGACCUGAUGAACUUAUAGGCAGCCACAAGGUCGCCUCUCAACC